ACAGUUUGUACUUCCUGUACAUCGUCUCUAGUACGUUCAAAACUUUGUCUCGACAUUUCUUUCCGGCAGUUCUUUACAUUGAGGAAGAAAUAUGGCUCCGCGAUAUGAGAUCUGUGUUGGCCUUAACAAAGGUCACAAAACAACUGAGAUAAAGCAACAACAGUACCGCGGUGACCGUAAAGUUAAAGGAAUCCGCCCAUCCCGUACCAAGGGCAUUCAAACCAAACACACCAAGUUUGUUCGCGACCUCGUCCGCGAAGUCGUUGGCCAUGCUCCGUACGAGAAGCGAGGCAUGGAAUUGUUGAAGGUUUCCAAGGAUAAGCGUGCGCUGAAAUUCCUGAAGCGUCGUCUCGGUACCCACAUUCGUGCCAAGAGGAAGCGUGAAGAGCUGUCCAAUAUUCUGGCCCAUAUGCGUAAGGCCGCCCACAAGUAAGAGAACGGCAAGAGGUGGACUCUUUUGUUUUGCUUCGUUGGUAUAAGAAUUACAAAUACAGAAAAAAUAACUUAAAUAUAACAAAAUAUAAGUUCCAAAAGA